UUCAUGCAUCUUCCUUGUUCACACCGUACCUCAGAUUAUUCCGUGUGCUAUUUGGAGCCCUAAGGUCGUACAUAAGCAAACCUCGUGCAAAAGGACAACUUCCAUCUCCACAACUGUAACAAACACCAAUGGCCUCUUUGGGCGUCUUGUUUCCAUGCCUUUUUUGGGUUGUCUAUCUCCUUACCUUCUUUUGCUGCCUACCAUUAGUCAUAUGUGAUGAAAGCGAAAAUGAUCGACAAGCUCUCCUCUGCUUCAAGUCCCAGCUAUCUGGUCCAGCCGAGGUUUUCACCUCAUGGAGCAAUGCAUCCUUGGAGUUCUGCAGCUGGCAUGGGGUCACUUGCAGUGCACAGUCACCUCGCCAUGUUACUGUGCUGGACCUUGCAUCAGAAGGCAUCACAGGUACCAUGUCACCUUGCAUUGCCAACCUCACCUCUCUUACAAGGCUGCAGCUGUCAAACAAUAGCUUCCAUGGGGGCAUACCGUCAGAGCUUGGACUCCUGAGCCAACUCAGCAAUCUAAACCUCAGCAUGAACUCUUUAGAAGGUAACAUACCUUCUGAACUCUCUUCAUGUUCCCAACUUCAAAUCCUGGGUCUGUGGAAUAAUUCCCUCAACGGUGAUAUACCACGGAGCCUUAGCCAAUGCAUGCAUCUUCAGGAGAUUAACCUUAGCAACAACCAGCUCCAAGGGAGCAUCCACCCUGCUUUUGGAAGUCUUCCAGAGCUGCGAAUACUAGUUCUUGCUAGCAACAGGCUUAGUGGUAACAUACCCUCGUCCUUGGGCAGCAGCCUUUCUCUGACAUAUGUUGAUCUUGGUAGAAAUGCUCUCACAGGGGGGAUCCCAGAGUCCUUGGCAAACAGUUCAUCUAUCCAAGUCCUUAGGCUCAUGAGUAAUAGUCUUAGUGGAGAACUCCCAGAGACUCUCUUUAACACCUCAUCACUUACUGCCAUUUGCCUCCAAGAGAACGACUUUUUUGGUACCAUACCACCAGUUACUGCCACCUCUCCCCCAGUAAAACAUCUCCAUUUGGGAGGUAACUCUCUCUCAGGAACAAUACCUGCCUCACUAGGAAAUCUUUCCUCCCUACUUGAUCUUCGUCUCACACGGAACAAGUUAGUUGGGAGCAUCCCUAAGAGCUUAGGUCACUUGCCAACAUUACGUUUACUGAACUUGAACUUAAACAACUUAUCCGGGCCAGUUCCACCAUCUCUCUUCAACAUGUCCUCCCUAACAGUUAUUGCCAUGGGAAACAACUCACUUGUUGGAAGAUUGCCCUCCGACAUCGGCUACACACUCCCAAACAUUCAGACAUUAAUCCUCUCAUCAAACAAGUUUGAUGGCCCAAUCCCAGCUUCUCUUCUCAAUGCUUCCCACAUGCAGUGGCUUUACUUAGCAAGCAACAGGCUAACUGGGUUCGUGCCAUCCUUCAGAUCACUGCCAAAUUUGGAGGAACUUGAUUUGUCCUACAACAUGCUAGACGCAGGAGGCUGGGGCUUUGUCUCUUCACUAUCAAAUUGCUCCAGAUUGACCAGACUGCUUUUGGCUGGGAACAAUUUCCAAGGGGAAUUGCCAAGUUCUAUUGGCAAUCUUUCCAGUAAUCUCGAGAUACUGUGGCUAAGGGCUAAUAAAAUUUCUGGGCCUAUACCACCAGAGAUAGGUAAUCUAAAGAACCUCAAUAUGUUGUACAUGGAUUACAACCGUUUCACUGGUAGUAUACCACCAACGAUUGGAAAUCUGGCAAAUUUGGUAGUUCUAGCCAUUGCACAAAACAGACUCUCAGGUGCAAUCCCUGAUGCUAUUGGCAACCUUGUUCAGCUGACUGAUCUGAAAUUGGAUACGAACAACUUGAGUGGCAGGAUACCUGCAAGUAUAGGACGUUGUACUCAACUCCAAAUACUCAAUCUUGCUCACAACUCACUGAAUGGGAGUGUACCAAGAACAAUCUUCAAAAUUUCUUCUCUUUCUCAAGAGUUUGACUUGUCACACAAUUACUUGUCUAGCGGAAUACCUGACGAAGUUGGAAAUCUCAUUAAUCUAAAUAAAUUUAGCAUCUCAAACAACAUGUUGUCCGGCAACAUCCCAUCCACUCUCGGCCAGUGCGUGCUUCUGGAGUAUCUUGAGAUGCAAAACAAUAUCUUUGCAGGAAGAGUUCCACAAUCUUUUGCAAAAUUGGUAGGCAUCAAGGAGUUGGAUAUUUCUCAAAACAAUUUGUCUGGAAAAAUACCAGAGUUCCUCACGUCCUUGAAUUAUCUGCAUUAUCUCAAUUUAUCCUUCAACAAUUUUGAUGGGGCAGUUCCAAGCAGCGGUAUUUUUGGCAAUGCUAGUGCAGUGUCAAUGGAAGGAAAUGAUCUUUUGUGUACAACAGUUCCAACAGGAGAUAUGCCUCUUUGUUCAGCAAUGAAUGACAGGAAAAGGAAACACAUGUCUUCUGUUCUAGUCGCAAAGAUAGUAAUACCAAUUGUUGCUAUUGUUAUAAUUAGUUUGUUCUGUUUUGCAACAUUUAUUUGGAGGAAGAGAAUGCAAACAAAGCCACGUUUGCAACAACUCAAUGAGCACACGAAGACCAUAACAUAUAAAGACAUUGCACAGGCAACAGAUAUGUUCUCUUCUGCUAAUUUACUUGGCUCAGGAUCAUUUGGAAUGGUUUAUAAGGGUAAUCUCAAGCCUCAGGAAGAUCGAGUGGCCAUCAAAAUUUUUAACCUCAACAUACAUGGAGGGCAUAGGAGCUUCCUUGCAGAAUGUGAAGCCCUCAGAAAUGUCCGGCAUCGAAACCUUGUAAAAAUCAUUACUUUAUGCUCUUCAGUGGAUCCGACUGGGGCAGACUUCAAGGCUAUAGUAUUCCCAUACAUGACGAAUGGGAACCUAGAUAUGUGGGUACAUCCGAAGGCCCAUGAAUAUAGUCUAAGAAAGGUUCUGACUUUAAACCAAAGAAUCAAUAUAGCCUUGGAUGUUGCAUAUGCAUUGGAUUAUCUUCAUAACCAAUGUGCAUCUCCACUAAUACACUGCGACUUGAAGCCAAGCAAUAUUCUUUUGGACCUUGACAUGACUGCAUAUGUCACCGACUUUGGCCUAGCAAGGUUUCUAUAUACCAGAUCAAGGGCACAUCAAGGCAGCUCAACAAGUUUAGCUUGCCUAAAAGGAUCCAUCGGAUACAUCCCGCCAGAGUACGGCAUUAGUGAAGAGAUAUCAACCAAGGGCGAUGUUUAUAGUUUUGGAGUGCUCCUAUUAGAAAUGAUAACAGGGCAUCGUCCAACUGAUGAAGAAUUCAAUGGCGGUACCAGUCUGCAUGAGUUUGUUGACAGAGCAUUUCCAAAUAAUAUUGACGAGGUUGUUGAUCUGCAAGAUGACAUCAGUAAAACCAGAUUGUUGCAGAAUUGCAUCAUUCCCUUGGUUAAAAUAGGACUGUCUUGCUCCAUGGCGUCACCCAAAGAGCGACCGGAAAUGGCACAAGUUUCUACCGAUAUUCUUACUAUCAAACAUAUGUUCUCAAAGAUAGAGGAUCCGUCGAAACAGAUUGGCUAGAUUGUAUCUAGUUGUAGUGAUUCCUGCACACGUUACCAAUGUACUAGGUGAAUUUUUAUGUAUUACCCUUCUGCAUUCGGUGUGGCUAGUCAAAUUUGCCUUCAUCUGCAGAAAGUUUGCCUCUUGCUUGCCUUUAAGCAGUUCAUGUCAUUUUUUUUCUUGGUUUAUUCAUCGUGUUGAGAAUUUUUACAAUGUCAACUCAACCAAUCAAUUAUAUAUCCC